AUGCUAUCCCUUCCGCUCCAGACUCUGUCAACAGCACAGGACACCGACGCCAGCGAGCAGAGGUUCAACUGGCAGAAAGAGACCAAUGACCUCACAUUGAUCAUCGACAGCUAUGGUGCACGCGGUGGUCUUCAGCUCAUGAAACUGUGUCAAGGCUCGCAGGUUCGGCAAACCAUCGAAAUCGAGAGACUGAUCAACGAAGGCAAUCACAUUACGCGUCUGAGUGAAGAGCGCGGAGUGCAGGUGCAGCCCGACCACCUCCACAUAUCCGCCAUUGUGCGCUGCCCUCUGCUCGCUAUCAAAUGGCAAGUGGCCAACGACAAGAUCAGGCGCAUCCAGAUGAGGUUCAAGUCGGACAAAGACUUCGACACCGCGUUCAGCCACCUCCUUCAUCUCGGUCUCUACAUGGGCGGCCAAAAGGCACGACCGGACACUGCUAUGCUGUUCAACCGCACUGGUAGUGCAAGUCGUCCCGGUACUGCGGAUCACCCUGGUAGCACUGAGAUACUACCACCGAGACGCGAGCUUCCUUUCCCACGCUUAUCUUCGCCGCGCUCCUCUGGCAGUGACAGCGUGCGGCCUUCUACUGGCACAAUGGGGCCUCCUCCUCUACCAGCACGCGUAGCCAGUAACCGACCCGGUUCCAGCCGAAGCGCAACCAGCAAGGAGAUCGAACUCCCACCUCUGCCCCAACCCACUGUCAUUAGCAAGACCGCACGUGGAAAGCAACCAAUGCAACAGCCCCCUCGCACACCGAACCAAGAUCAGUACAUUCCUGCACGCGCAAAGACAUCUCCACAUGGCGGCAUCGAGAAUCAGUCACCGUUGACAUGGUCUCCAAUCUCCUCUCCGUUGUCUUUCAAUCGGUCAAGUUUCAGUGCCAUCCCGACACCGCAACCUCUUGGCGAACGAAGUAAUGCUGCACAGGAUCUUCACCAUACCAUGUCGUAUCGUGGUCUCGAUACGCCACCUACGUCUGUUGCUGGUCACUGUGGUGUGAGCAUGUCCAAUUCAGGUGCUACUACAAGUGUGACUGAGAACGACCAGUUGGCGACAUAUGCCAUGCAGUCUGACGAGGGACGCAGAGCAGCGCUCAACGAGUUCGUCUACCGCCACCUGGAAAGCGACGACUUCCUUACGCUCGUCCAAGACAUGGAGACAGCUUGGGCGAGAGUUACAAUGGGAACACAAUGA